AUGUCAUCGCCUGAAGAGAUUGAGUCCUUGCUGAACGGUCCAGCCCUCCCACCACCUGAUGGUGUCGAACCCAAUUUUGAAGAUCCACCCAAUCACAAUGCCCUGGGGUACGGUCUUCUCUCUGCCAUGUUAGCAGUGGGCACCAUAGCUAUGUUCUUUCGUAUCUUGGCAAGAGUACUAUUUGUGGUCUACCUCGGUUGUGCUUACCAGGUUCUUAAAUUUCCUGGCUUUUAUGUCCAUCAAUGGGAUGUUCGAGUGCGAGAUAUGGAGCGUAUCCUAUAUCCUUUCAAUAUAGCCUCAAAUUCUUACAACGGCAUGAUCGGUGCACUAAAGGUUGCCAUACUUUUAGAAUGGUUGCGAAUAUUCAAUCCUACUGGCACCCGUGGUACAUUCUUUUGGGCAUGCCAUAUUAUCUUAUGGAUCAACCUUUUAUUCUACGCAGCCUCUUUCUUUGCCAUCAAUCUUGCAUGCAUUCCGCGCCAGAAGAUAUGGGACAAGACAAUUUCAGGUGGUCACUGCUUCAAUCAAAACGACCUGUAUCUUGCUGGGACCAUCGUCAACCUCAUCUCGGACGUAGCGAUCCUGAUAAUUCCUCAGCGAGUUAUAUGGUCCCUGCAAAUGACUUUCAAACGGAAGAUAGGAAUCUCACUCAUCUUCGCUAUAGGAUUGCUCUGUUGUGGGAUUGCAGCGGCUCGAAUUGCGACUACCCUGGAGAGUGCCAAAGAACCAGAUUCGGUAUAUUACUUGCCUAAACUGGUUUUCUUGGGGACCGCGGAAAUGUUAUGCGCACUACUUGUGUUCUGUUUCCCGGCUUUCCCUCAGGCAAUCAAGACUCUAGCUCUUCCCCAUUCCUGGGACGGCAGUGUGGAUUUAUUUCAACAAAGUAGCUAUUCGGGAGGACCGGCUGCAUCUUAUCAACAAAUUAACGAGCAUAGCCUUGAACCUCUCAACAAGACCGAGCAUGAUAACAAGCCAAGGAUCUAUUACAAACCAACAAAUACAGCAAUGUAA